AUGGCUUUGUCCUUCACUUUUUCUAUGUUGCCACCAUUAGAGGCUCAGAACAAUGGAGAUGAGCAAGCUCAGAACAACCGGACCGAGCAUCCCCAGCCUCAUAACAACGAAGAGGAACCAGCUCGGAACAAUCGGACCCCCGAGCAGCUCCAAACCCAUUCCGGGCAACAGCUGAUUCGCGUCCAACAUGAGACUGACCACAGAGAUGGGCAGACCGCAACCUCCUCCACCCGCUCGCCCGAAAGACCGAGGGCUCGCCACGAGCACCAUCGGGAUGCAGACGAUGCCCGCGGAGAAGCGGACACCACAGCCCUCCUCCUCCUCAAAGAGCUGCAGCGAACCAACCGUCUCAUCCGAGAUCAAGGCGAACGGAUCGAGAGGUUGGAAAAGAGGCAGCGAUAUCGCUCUCCCCCACGGAGACGCCAUCGUUCGCGCUCCUCCUCCUCUCGCUCCCCACCGAGAAGGACCCGCCGACGCUCCCCGUCAUCUUUGCGGUCACCACCUAAAAGGUCCCGCCGACAGAGAUCCUUUUCACGCUCCCCUCCACGGAAGAGCAAGAAAAAUCGGAGGCUUGAGCCCAUAAUCGAGAGCCCUUCUCCCGAUCAAGAGGACAGAAGACUUUCCAAAAAAGACCGAGAACCCCGCGAACGCUCCCCCAGGGACGACCGCCGGAGAUCAGGAAAGACGUCGGGAAAUACCCGCCGAAGUAAUCGCUCGGUCACUCCGAGCGCCAGCGAUGAGGAAGAUUUCCGCAGCCCCUUGUCGGAAAGCAUCCGGAAAGCUCGUAAUGGAGUACCAUAUCGUCCACGGAUCCAUCAAAUGUCGGAUUUUCCCGACCACCCUCAGGAAAGGGGCGAUGACCCGGUUCAACAGAGAGGCCGUCCAGGUGCAGACGACCGACUACAUGAAGAGGUACCUCCUCGAGAGAGGGCUAAUCCCCGGAAGCGAAUUCAAGAAGGCCAUAAGAUAGAGAAAUUACGUUCCAUGAACGACAUUCUUAAAAGGGCCCAAGCUUUCAUUUCUUUCGAAGAGGGAGAAGCUGCCGCCAUCAAAGCCUCCAGGGGAAAUGACGCUGCUCGGGGUUCAAGCCAGGACCAAUCGGCCACGCGCCGGACAAAUGAUAAAAGGAGGGACGACAGACCCCACGACGCAAAGGAGCGCAGGGGGCCAGCAGGUCGGUUCAACGACUAUACCCCUCUGAACGCCUCGCGCGAGAAGAUCCUGGCCGAAUGCAAAAACACCGAGUUCAAGAACUCCAACAUCAAGCCCCCAAAGUCAAAUCCCACUAGGCUGGGGACUGACAAAUCUAAAUACUGCAAGUAUCACAAGAGUCACGGGCACCUAACAGACGAGUGCAUACACCUGAAGGACGCCAUCGAGACGCUGAUGAAAGAGGGCCACCUUUCAAAAUACACAAGGAAAGGAGACCCGCCCAGAAGAAACGACCGUCGGAGCUCCGACGAGGGCAAUUCGCCGAAUGCCAGGCCGCUGCAGGUGGCGCUUGUAAACUCGGUUUUUUGA